UGGUCCAGGUGAGAGGCCCGACCACACCAACUCUCACUACCUCACCUGCAACAGGUCCCCUGCUACACCUCUGUAACCCGGCAGGAUGAGCGCUCCCGCCGGGAUGGAAGUUGGCGCCCAGAAGGUAAGGCGGCGAAACCCAAAGAAAACUAAGGGCGGUGAGAUGGCGUCCCAGGACUGCCAGGUGUGCCUCGAGCCCUACGACGACAACAUACGUCGCCCUCGCUGCCUCAGUUGCGGCCACACCUUCUGCACCUCCUGCAUCGCCGACACCAUCACCCGCGGACCUCUCUACUGCCCCUUCUGUCGCGUCAUCCACGCCUCGCCCGUCUCCCGCGCUGACGAUGUUCCUGUCAACUACACAGUGGUCAGUCUUCUGCAGGACUCGUCCUACUCCCUGGGGACGGAGAGGUCACUGGCACUGCUCUCCGAGCUGAAGAGAGAGGCUAACGACCUUACCACUGCCCAGUUAGUGACCUGUAACUGCCACCUCACGCGACUCACAGACUUCAAGAAGCGCCUUUCGGAGCAGCGAAGCGUGCAUCAGGUGCAGAUCCAGGCGCUGAAGACGCUGAUAGAGAGGAACGAGAGCCUCCUGCAGGACAUGACCAGCACCGAGGGACAGGUAGACAGCAUCAUCACCGCCGGCGUGGACAAGCGAGCAACGCUGGAGGUGGCGCAGGCGCGUGUCAACGCCGCCACCACGCUGCUGGAGGUCACGGCUGCCCACCACCAGGACCAGGAGAGGGACGGCUCCGUCCGGGAGUGGAGUUCCGCUGCCCACCAAAUACUCCAAUCCCAGAUCCUCAUCGCUGCCAGGGAGGUGGAGCACGUCACCACCGCCGCCCUGCAAGCCGUGGUGGGCCGCAGCAUGUCCGCAGCCGCAGCCGCCCUCACACCCACGAAGCCGCAGUCGUCUGACGACCUGCCGGACACGUGGAAGAUCCUGCAGGAGGUGAUGAGCAAGGCGCGGCUGGUCGGGACGGGCGUCUGGGCUGUCAUGGACAUUGACGGACGACGACGUUGUGCUAAGAUGGUCACAGUCGACGACCGUCUCUACCUCUCAGCGCUCAGAGAGGGAGAUCCUCCCAUCUACACCCACACAAUGCCUUACCGCAACGUGCGUCGCCUGGUCGACGAGACGUGCGUCAGGAUCUUCCUGGAGCUGACGUGGGGCGGUAAGGUGCAAGGGAAAGUGUGCAUCAAGCUGCUCAACACGGCACCGAGGACACGGCAGUUCUUCUUCCUGUGCUCCGGAGAGCGCGGUCCAUCUUACAGCAGCACCAGCUUCUUCGAAGUGGAGAGCCGCGGACAGCCCGGCGAGCGGGUGUGGGGCGGAGACUACGAGAACAACGAUGGCAGCGGCGGGUCCGCUCUCCCGGGCCUUAUCAUGGGCGACCUCAACGUCCAGACGGUCACGGCGGGACUGGUGGCCGGGUACUGCUACGGCGACGAACACCGCAAGCCGUCACACUUCGUCAUUUACAAUAAUGACUGUCCUGUCGCCUACGAAGAGUGCCCCAUUGGCAAGGUGGAAAGUGGGAUGGAUUUAGUUCGUGCGGCGGCCAAGCUGGCGAAUGUACAAGAAGCCAUUGUUAGUGACUGUGGCAUUGUACUCUCUAUCUAACACAUCCACCUCAGUCUUGCCUCGGCAAGAAAAAGUCACUUAAUGAAUUUUUGAUCCGCCUUCUUUAACCUAUAAUCUGAUAUGAAUUUGUUUCCUUUUGGGUUCAAGGUUUCGCUCACCGAGAGUCGGACAUUUGCAGUUGUUUCUGACCAUGAGUUAAUUGUGAGAAGCAUCGUGAGAGGAAACACUGUGUGAGUGAAUAUCUCGCGAAGUUCAACACUGACUGUUUAUGAGUGAAGGAGCGACUGUAUAUUAUGGUUAUAAUGAGUGGAGUUACAGAGUGGUUCGGGCUGAGGCCAGACGCAUAACGGAGUAUACAACACACCACGUCCAUUUUCCCUGAGAAAUUAACCCAGAAAUAUUUGUCAAAUUUCUUAAACAAAUUGCGAUUAUAAGUUCACUCUCAAGCAUGUAUGUUUCUUGGUUUUUCUUAAAUUAUCACUGUAUUUAGAUAUAUGUUAGAGUAUCUUAUCCUUGUGGACGGGCCGCUUCCCUGAAGUCUUCACACACUACUUGCCUCUCUCUCUACACCCAGAAGGAGGCAUUUUUGCUCCAGCUGCAACAUAAUUGUUGUAAUCUUUUCCCCAGAUCCUGUCCCUCUGUGUACGUGUUUUCGUGUGAAUGUGUGUCUGUGCGCAUCACCCAAUCUGUGUUUACCUGUACUUACACGAAAUAGGAUUCGGCUCCUAGGCCCCGCCUCUGUUCUUGUCCCUAACACAACUGGCAUUAUCACGUCUACUUUUAAGUCUACGUAUGGAUGUUAUUGUUGGUUUAGAUUCAGCUUCUCGGAACAAAAGGUUGCAAGCAGCACGGGCUAUGGUGAGCCCAUUGUACUCACCUGGCACAGUAGAUGUGCGUGCCACAUAUGGAGCCUACCUGAGCUGCUUCCAUGAUUAGUCACGCAAUCGCCAACCCGACGCUAACGCAAGUAAUGCUAAUAUCCCUGUAACUUUAUUAGUUUCUUAAUGUCAAGCAGUACUCCCUCGUCCUGUUAUCUUCGAUGCCAUAUUGCCCGUCCUCCCAGUUAAUUCUAUGAUCAUUUUAUAGCUAUGACUCGUCCCAGCAAUAUUCUCGUUCAGUGACGCUACUUUCAAUAUUCUCUUAGGGCACAUCUCUCAGCUUUGGAUCUAGUCUGUGGGGCACACAUCCGCCUGCCAGUGUUAAUGCUCCAGACACUGCCUGCCAGUGUAAAUGCUCCAGACACUGCCUGCCAGUGUAAAUGCUCCAGACACUGCCUGCCAGUGUUAAUGCUCCAGACACUGCCUGCCAGUGUAAAUGCUCCAAACACUGCCUGCCAGUGUUAAUGCUCCAGACACUGCCUGCCAGUGUAAAUGCUCCAGACACUGCCUGCCAGUAUAAAUGCUCCAGACACUGCCUGCCAGUGUAAAUGCUCCAGACACUGCCUACCAGUGUAAAUGCUCCAGACACUGCCUGCCAGUGUUAAUGCUCCAGACACUGCCUGCCAGUGUUAAUGCUCCAGACACUGCCUGCCAGUGUAAAAGCUCCAGACACUGCCUGCCAGUGUUAAUGCUCCAGACACUGCCUGCCAGUGUAAAAGCUCCAGACACUGCCUGCCAGUGUUAAUGCUCCAGACACUGCCUGCCAGAGUCAAUGCUCCAGACACUGCCUGCCAGUGUAAAUGCUCCAGACACUGCCUGCCAGUGUUAAUGCUCCAGACACUGCCUGCCAGUGUUAAUGCUCCAGACACUGCCUGCCAGAGUCAAUGCUCCAGACACUGCCUGCCAGUGUAAAUGCUCCAGACACUGCCUGCCAGUGUUAAUGCUCCAGACACUGCCUGCCAGUGUAAAUGCUCCAGACACUGCCUGCCAGUGUUAAUGCUCCAGACACUGCCUGCCAGUGUUAAUGCUCCAGACACUGUCUGCCAGUGUUAAUGCUCCAGACACUGCCUGCCAGAGUCAAUGCUCCAGACACUGCCUGCCAGUGUAAAUGCUCCAGACACUGCCUGCCAGAGUCAAUGCUCCAGACACUGCCUGCCAGUGUAAAUGCUCCAGACACUGCCUGCCAGAGUCAAUGCUCCAGACACUGCCUGCCAGAGUCAAUGCUCCAGACACUGCCUGCCAGUGUAAAUGCUCCAGACACUGCCUGCCAGUGUUAAUGCUCCAGACACUGCCUGCCAGAGUCAAUGCUCCAGACACUGCCUGCCAGUGUAAAUGCUCCAGACACUGCCUGCCAGAGUCAAUGCUCCAGACACUGCCUGCCAGAGUCAAUGCUCCAGACACUGCCUGCCAGUGUUAAUGCUCCAGACACUGCCUGCCAGAGUCAAUGCUCCAGACACUGCCUGCCAGUGUAAAAGCUCCAGACACUGCCUGCCAGAGUCAAUGCUCCAGACACUGCCUGCCAGUGUUAAUGCUCCAGACACUGCCUGCCAGUGUUAAUGCUCCAGACACUGCCUGCCAGAGUCAAUGCUCCAGACACUGCCUGCCAGUGUUAAUGCUCCAGACACUGCCUGCCAGUGUUAAUGCUCCAGACACUGCCUGCCAGAGUCAAUGCUCCAGACACUGCCUGCCAGAGUCAAUGCUCCAGACACUGCCUGCCAGAGUCAAUGCUCCA